AUGUUCCCUGAUCCAUCGGACUCCAUCAGCAAAAAGAAGAACUACCCGAUCGAUGCCAUCGUCGUGUGUCAAGCUGUCGCAAUGAUCUUGGAGCUCGACUCUGUCUUUGGCUUUAGUGCCGUCCGCCAUCGCCGCCGCCGCCCCCUACUACGGACACACGCCCAUUACACGCCACAGCCACUCAGCCGAUCCAUUGAUGGAUUGGGAAUGACAGCUCGCUUCGGCGCCUUCAUGAACGCUAUCGAGUCAGUCUCCGCUUUAACUCACGGUAUCAACACUGCAGUCUGCGCGGCACUUAUUUCGCGCACAACUUAUUCGGAAGCUUUGGUAUUUGCCUACCCUACGCCCCUCCCUUCCUCCCUCCAGAGAGCCAAAAUCAAAAGAGACGAAUUCUGGGCACCCUGUUUCGACAAGCUCCAAGACCUCGAAGAUGGACUGUUAUUCGUCAACAUCACGCCAACCUCCAGCUGA